CCACAACUCUGUUACUCUACGAAGCUCAACGACUGGCACCGAUUUGUAGCACCACAUUCACUUUAUCUUCACCUCUUAUUUAUCUUUUGUACCUUUGAUCUGAAUCACCACUCACUCACUUCCCUUCAAGGCUUCAAUCAGGAUUAAUAGGUGGACCGGCUCAAGAGAGAACGCUUCAAGGAGUAUUUCAGCUAUCGAAUCAUCUGAUUGUGGUGUCAGUGUGGCUUUUGGGGCGACGCUGCUUGUAUGCGUCUUGAAUCAACUCCUCAACAAAUCAAGAAGAAAUCACUUAAUACUCUGAUUAUCUAGUAUACCUAAGGCAAAAUGCGUCGGAUGUUCGGAAACGCGUUCCAAUCUAACACUACCAGUCCUACCAACAACUCACAUUCUACAACUAACUAUCAAACCGAUCCCCUUCGUUCAAGUCAAGUUGACUUCAGUCCUUCGAACUCUCGAUCUCAAUCAAUAAAUUCUGAUCCCUUCGGUUCACUCGAUGAUGUAUUCUCACCUGAACGUUUACCAUUCGGCUCUAGCCAAGCUGGAUCGUUUUCAAACUCUCCUUCUCAUACACGAUUCCCAAAUACUCACGAGCCAGCCUCAAAAACAAUUCGACUCGAUCAACGCAAUCGUUCAGAUUCCGCAACUUCCUUCUCCGACUCGUCCCGAGGUCCCGCACGCUCACCGAGUACUAAACAUGUCUUAUUGGGACCCGACUUGAAGUCCAAAAUGAUGCUUGAACUUCUGUCUGGUCAAGCUCUAGUGGAAGCUAGCUCAUUUCAAAUUUUAUCAUUCAAUCGUGUCCAGCAGCUAAAGAAGUGCACCCAUUCUGACUUUCCUACUCCCUCUCUCUCAAAUCAGGAUCAAAUGAAACUUGAGAACCGACUCACUUCUAUUUCAAACAAUCUGGUACUUGAGAAAAAGAUUCAUGAUGCUACUCUCACCCUCGCCGAGUCUGAUGUCAAUCAAAAUGACUCAAAUCUGGAGCAUUCCAACCAACGUCUCGAGCAACUUCGUGAUGAGAAAGCUCGCAUUCAAUCUGAACUCAGUGAAAUAAGUACCAAACUUCUACAACAUCUCUCAGCUACCCUUUCUUUGAGUCUCAAGAAGCUUGAACAAAAUCAGCCUUCAGACUACUCAUCUUCCUUCGGUCAAAGUCCCACUCGGUCGGCAUCUAAUCACCGCCAAGCCGAUCAACAUCGGUCCCCUAGCCCUUCUCUCACCGAUGCUUCCCGCUGCACCAUUCUCUCAUCCGAUAGAUUUGACGGCCCACAUCUCUUUGCAAACAAUCGCCAUGGCCUCGAUCAUCAUCAGGCUUCACACCCCAGUCCUCGUAGUGCCUCGAAUCUAACCUUGGACACUGGGCAAUUACUCCAGUACGAAAAGACGAUUGCACAGCAAACUAGCGAUCUUGAACAGCUUCGAGCCGAACUUGCCAACUUACGUCAGCAAAGUGUAUUAGCCGAAACCAAUCGAACAAGCAACCAAGCAAAUGAUUUGAAGCGCGUUGAACGUGAACUCAAACUAGAGAAUGAACGCGUGCGACACCAGACUGAUCAGACCCACACCCAGGAACUUGAUCGACUUCGCCGAGAGGUCGAUUCCCUUGCUGCUGAUCUAGAGCGGGAACGUUCUCAACUCAGUGGAGACAAGCAAGCCUUCUCAACCCGGACUAGUGAUGCUGAAGCCAGAGCACGAGCAGCUGAAGCUUCCCAGCGCCAACUUGAAGCUGACGUAGACCGUCUUAGAUCUGAACUUGAGACCGCUGAAGAAGCAAAGGACUCUGUCCGAAUCGAGCUGGCCGCGCUUCAGGCCGCCGUGACCAGACUUGCAGACCAGAAGGCCGAUUCUGAGCGUCAAUACCAAACACUUGCUGAACAAUUGUCAAGCAAAGAGUCCGAGAGGCGUGAAGCCAUCGCUCAAUUAGACAACUUCCGGUCGAUGGUUGAAAAACUGGAGGCUGAAAACAUCACUCUCAACAAAAGCGUGGAAGAUCUCAAAGCCCAAAGUGACCAACAAGCAGAAGAGAAAGCGAAAGACGACAUCGACGAGCCUCUUUCCAACCAUUCAGCUGAAUGGGAGAAACUUCUUGAGAAAUUUAGUGGCGUUAGUACCCAAGUUACAUUGACCAACGCAUCAUUUGCUCAAUUCUUGAGGGGAGCGCCGAGUCAAAUAAGCAUGGAAGGACGUAUGGAGUGGAUGAAUGAGCUAAUCGGUCAUCUCGAAAAUCAUUUGAAGAUCAUCACUACCCAGCACGAGUCCACACUGGAAACUGAGAGGCAAUCGCAUGAACAAGCUUCUCAAGCUCAGAUGGACGAGCGAACGAUACUAUCAACUCAAGUGGCUGAACUAGAGACUAAGCUUUUCGAACUUCAAUCCUCUCAUACUCCGGCAGCAACCACAACAUCGAGCGAAUUGGAGACCGUCACUCAACAACUGGCAGCUGCUGAAAAACGAAUAGAAGAAGCGACCACGAGCGCAAAUGUAGUUGAGAAAGCACUCCGAGAAUUAUUCAAGAGUUUACCAGCCAACGCAGAAACAAGAGCACGACUUGAACAUGAUGCAGAUCUAGGAGCCUUCAGACUGGGAUAUGAAGCACAACCUACUAAAAAAUCAGGACUGGGUGGAUUGUUUGGAUUGGGUAAAAGAGCAGCAACACCAGUUGAAGAAGGGUCGGAAUAUACUUUUGACAGCUUUUUAGAAAGGAUUAAAUUAUUGAAUGAAAGUGAUAAGAAAUUAGUAGAUCGGUUGAUCAAAUAUGAGAUUGAAAAAGACUCGUAUAAAAACAAUGCUACUCGUGCUCAGAAGCUUGCUGAGGAAUGUCAAGCAGCUUUGAAGACAUAUCAGUCACAGGUGAAAGAGUUAGAGGAGAGAUUAGAGUAUGCUGAUACUCAAUCAGCUACAAUGUUGGACAGAUUCAAUGACUUGAUGGAAAGCGAAGAGAAAGCUCACGCAUUAGCCAAACGAUCUGAAGCAUAUACAACUCAAAUCGCUAAUUUAAAUCAACAAAUUGAAAAUUUAAAGAAAGAAUUAGAAGAAAGGGAAGAUGAGAUUGAAAGUAUGAAGAAAUCAGAAGUGAAAGCUAGACAUCGAUUUGAAGAUUUAGAAGGUGAAAUGAGUAGUUUGAAAUUAAAAUUAAAACAAGUUGAAAGGCAAUAAGUAUUAUAUCAUGAGGUGCUAAGGUCACCUUGAAGUUGGAUGGUACAUAUCUUGAUUUUGUAAUAAUUUUUCUUUUCUUUUAGUAUGGAUAAUAUAGUUUUGAGGCUUACUGUCUUUGCUUGGCUUGGAGUAUUUUUAUAUGUUGUUGUUGUUGAUGAUGAUGUUGUUGUUGUUUUCUCAAUUUGAGGAAUGUUUGAUAUAAUUAAUUUGAC